AGAAAAAAAAAGUUGACGUCAUCGCACUGCUGGCUCCAGCGGAGUCAAGAUGGCGGCCGCUGGGUCGGAGGGCGAUGGGAGAAAAGAGGAAUUGUCGCCCGGUUCGGCUGGUAGCAUUUCUGAAGAGACCGAUAAGACAAUGGAUUUCACAGCCAACUUGACAGGGAAUCCCUUCAAGUAUUUGGUGGAAUCUCUUGAUUGCAGUCCUGACAAGAAAUUUUUUAAUGUGUCUAAACUGCAGACAUCAGAUUAUGACACUUUGCCAUACUGUAUCCGUGUGAUGCUGGAAACUGUGGUGCGAAACUGUGACGGUGUCUUGGUAAAAGAAGAGGAUGCCUUCAAAGUCUUGGAAUGGAAGAAUAAAUGUGAAAGUCGCGAGGUUCCCUUUCUUCCAGCACGUGUAGUUUUGCAGGAUUUCACGGGUAUUCCCGCUAUGGUUGAUUUUGCUGCCAUGAGAGAUGCUGUGAAAAAAAUGGGUAGCGAUCCUGCAUUCGUCAACCCAGUCUGUGCCACAGACCUCAUUGCAGACCAUUCUUUACAGCUGGAUUUUACUAAAUGUGUGCCACAGAAUGCCCCAAGUGCAGCUUCUAUGGAUUCACACAGACUCCCAUCCAAGCUUUCUCCAGCAAAAUCGUCAGUUUCUAAAUCUCAGUGUAGAGGACAGAGUGGAUGCAGAGGAGCCUGUAAUGUUGGAACAACGAGCAGGAGCUCUCAGGAGCAGAUUGAAAACACACCAAUGCUAUGUCCUUUCCAUUUACAACCCAUUCCAGAGCCUGAAGCUGCACUGAAAAGUCUUGAAAUUGAAUUUAACAGGAAUAAAGAGAGACUUCAGUUUUUAAAGUGGUGUUCAAAGGCCUUUCAGAAUGUGACUGUGAUUCCUCCAGAAACGGGAACUGUGCACCAGGUGAAUCUGGAGUACCUGUCCCGAGUUGUGAUGGAGCAGAGAGAUCUCUUAUAUCCAGACACUGUACUUGGUACUGACUCUCACACUACUAUGGUGAAUGGCCUUGGAGUAUUGGCUUUGGGUAUGGGUGGAAUAGAGUCGGAAGCUGCUAUGUUGGGGAUACCCGUUACAUUAAGCUUACCUGAAGUUGUUGGAUGUGAGCUGACCGGCUCAAUCAGUCCAUUUGCUACUUCUAUAGAUGUUGUUCUAAGCAUCACCAAGCAUCUACGAAAAGCAGAGAUAUCUGGGAGAUUUGUAGAAUUUUUUGGAGAGGGUGUAUCUCUUCUUUCAGUAGCUGACCGCACCACAAUCGCCAACAUGAGUCCAGAGUAUGGGGCCACGGUGGCCUUUUUUCCAGUGGACCAAGUGACCAUUAGUCAUCUAGAGCAGACUGGUGUUGGUUUUCAAAAAUUAAAAACAUGUGAAGCCUACUUGAGAGCAGUAAAAUUGUUCAGAGAUGAGAAGUGUGUGAGAAGACCUGAGUAUUCCAAGAUCAUAGAAAUUAACUUGAAUUCCAUUGUGCCAUAUGUGAGUGGCCCCAAGAGACCUCAAGACCGGGUAGCUGUAGUUGAUAUGAAAACAGAUUUUGAAGCAUGCCUAAGUGAAAAGGUGGGCUUCAAAGCAUUUCAAAUUCCACCAGAAAAACAGAAAGCGGUGGUCCCAGUCACCUACGGAAACUCUGAAUACUUGUUGUCGCAUGGCUGUGUCCUUAUUGCUGCUGUGAUUAGCUGCACCAACAACUGCAAUCCUUCUGUCAUGCUGACUGCAGGGCUUUUAGCGAAGAAAGCUGUAGAAGCAGGACUCAAGGUGAAGCCCUAUAUAAACACAAGCAUGUCUCCUGGAAGUGGUACCGUUACUCAUUACCUCACUGCUAGUGGUGUGAUGAAUUUCUUGACCCAAUUGGGGUUUGACAUUACUGGUUAUGGAUGUUCAAGAUGUGUGGGCAGCUCCAGUCCUAUACCAGAGGAAAUUGUCUCUGCUAUUAAAGAGGGGGAGUUGGUAGCAUGUGGUAUUUUUUCGGGAAGCAAGAACUUUGAAGGCAGCCGGUGCAGUUGCAUUCGUGCCAAUUAUCUGGCUAAUCCACCUUUGGUUAUUGCUUAUGCUUUGGCAGGCACUGUGAAUAUAGAUCUGCAAACCGAAGCUUUGGGGGAGAAUGCUGAGGGUAAGAAGAUCUUUCUGCGGGACAUUUGGCCUAGCCGUGAGGAGGUUCUACAAGUGGAGGAAAAUGUAGUCAUUCCAUCUAUGUUCAAAGAAUUAAAAGUUAAAAUAGAGAAGCAGAAUACUAGGUGGAACCUUCUUGAAGCACCUGAAAGCACUUUAUUCCCUUGGGAUCACAGAUCCACUUAUAUCAGAAGUCCACCUUUUUUCCAUAAGCUAGACAACAUCCCAGCACCUCUUCAGCCAAUUGAGAAAGCCCAUGUGCUGCUUUAUUUAGGAGAUUCAGUGACUACUGAUCACAUUUCUCCUGCAGGAAGCAUCCCUCGUACCAGCUCAGCAGCCAAGUAUUUAGCUCAAAGGAACCUGGCACCCCGGGAGUUUAAUUCAUAUGGAGCCCGAAGAGGCAACGACGCAGUGAUGACUAGAGGCACAUUUGCAAAUAUGAAGCUUCAGAAUAAACUUGUUGGAAAAACGGGGCCUAAGACCAUUCAUUUUCCAUCUGGACAGAUGAUGGAUAUAUUUGAUGCUGCAGAACUGUACCAAAAAGCAGAUAUUCCACUUAUUAUUAUAGCUGGAAAAAAGUAUGGAUCAGGGAACUCAAGAGAUUGGGCAGCCAAAGGACCGUUUUUGUUGGGUGUCCGGGCUGUGAUAGCUGAAAGUUAUGAGAAGAUCCACAAAGACCAGUUGGUUGGAAUUGGCAUCCCUCCUCUUCAGUUCUUACCCGGAGACAGUGCUGAAUCACUUGGCCUUUCAGGAAAAGAGCAGUAUUCUAUUUCUAUUCCUGCCAGUUUGGCUCCUGGGGACAUUGUGAAAGUCAAGACAACCAGUGGAAAGUUAUUCAGUGUCAUUGCCGCCUUUGAUAAAGAAGCAGAAAUCGCAUUCUUUAAGCAAGGAGGAAUUCUGAACUAUGUGGCUCGGAAAUACUUAUAGUAAUGUCAACAACAAACUGACUGAUGCAUUAUUCUGAUGCUUCCUGUGCUCCAAUCCUUCAUUUUCCAUGAGGCAGUAAUGAAGAGCCAGCGAAGUGUCCUCCAGCACUUUUAGUAGAAGACUUGUGCUAUGGAUACACCUUCCAUAGUCCUACCAAUGGAUUACCAAGAAUCAUCAACCUGAACAUUACAGAGCAAGUGAACUGUUCUACUGACCCUGAAAUCUUGUGCACAGUUCUACAACCUACCCACCGCUGUUUCAUGAACUUCCAAUGGCGGUCUUCCUGAAUGACAUUUUAUUUAAACCUAUUCUUCCAUUUGAUGCCGUCUAGGUUUCCAUUCUCUCAUGGAAAUAAAGACUUGUUUACUUUGGGAUUGGUUAACACCAGACUCGGUGUUGAGUAUGUUAUGAAAUAAAGAUGCCCAAAUCUACAUUA